GUCCUUAGCUUUUUCACUUUGGAAAAUCUGCCAGGGGACAAGAAAAACUCAGUCAUGGUUGUCUUAAGACAGGGAGAUUAUGUGUGGAUGGACUCUAGCACAGGUGUACAGAUCGGUGCUGAGGUCAGACUCACAGAAUCUGGUCAAAUUCAACUCAUAGAUGAUGACGGAAAGGAGCACAAGGUCAAGAAGCAGGACAGCUCCUUGAAGCAUAUACACACAUCAUCCAUUAAUGGCAUCGAAGACAUGAUACGGCUGGGUGACCUUAACGAGGCUGGCCUGCUCAGGAACCUUCUGAUUCGCUACAAAGAGGGAACGGUCUACACAUACUCAGGGUCCAUUCUAGUGGCGAUAAACCCGUACCAGCUGCUGCCGCUUUACACUCCAGAGCAGGUGCAGCUGUACACAAACCGGCGUCUAGGUGAACUGCCCCCACAUGUGUUCGCCAUAGCAGACAGCUGCUUCUUUAACAUGCGCCGCAGCCGCCAAGACCAGUGCUGCAUCAUCAGUGGGGAGUCUGGUGCAGGAAAGACAGAGAGCACCAAACUGAUGCUGCAGUACCUGGCAGCGGUGAGUGGACAGCAAUCGUGGAUAGAGCAACAGAUACUUGAAGCAAACCCCAUACUGGAAGCCUUUGGUAAUGCAAAGACCAUUAGCAACGAUAACUCAAGUCGCUUUGGGAAGUACAUCGAUGUCCAUUUCAGUGAAGAUGGAGCCAUUACAGGAGCUCGAAUUGAACAGUACCUGCUGGAGAAAUCUCGUGUCUGUCGACAGGCUCAAGAAGAGAGGAACUACCACAUUUUUUAUUACAUGCUGAUGGGCAUGCAGGCUGAACAGAAGAAAAUAUUGUCUCUGGGUAACGCUGUGGAGUACAACUACCUGACCAUGGGCAAGUGCACUUCCUGUGAAGGACGAGAUGAUAUAAAGGAAUACGCCCAUUUCCGCUCAGCCAUGAAGAUCUUGACUUUCACAGAGAACGAUUCCUGGGAAAUUCACAAGCUACUUGCUGCCAUCCUCCACUUAGGAAACAUGGACUUCGAAGCCACCAUUUCAAACAAUAUGGAAGGAUGUGAUAUUAUCACUUCUACUCAUUUCAAAAUGGCUGCCCAGUUGUUGGAGGUGGACGUCAAGACUUUGGAUGUAAGCUUGACUCAAAGAUCCUUCAUGACUAACAGGGAGUGUGUGUCUAAACCUCUUUCCUCGGCCCAAGCAAGUGAUGGAAGGGAUGCUUUUGUGAAGGCCAUCUAUGGAAAAUUGUUUUUGUGGAUUGUGGAGAAAAUCAACAACGCCAUUUUCAAGCCGCAGGCUGAGGAAUCUGAUACUCGUCACUCAAUAGGUCUGCUGGAUAUCUUUGGAUUUGAAAACUUCAAGGAAAACAGCUUCGAACAGCUGUGCAUUAACUUUGCCAACGAGCAGCUGCAGCAGUUCUUUGUGAGGCACGUCUUUAAGAUGGAGCAGGAAGAGUACACUCAGGAGAACAUCGUCUGGAAACACAUUGACUAUGUCGAUAACCAGGGCACUCUCGAUGUACUGGCCACCAAACCUCUAAACAUUCUUUCUCUUAUUGAUGAGGAGAGCCACUUUCCUAAGGGCACAGAUAACACCUUGCUACAAAAGAUGCAUAAGUGUCAUGGGAAUAGCAGUGUUUACAUUCCUCCUAAAAACAGUCAUGACAAAAAGUUUGGAAUUGAGCAUUUUGCUGGGCCAGUUUAUUAUGACUCAAAAGGUUUUCUGGAAAAGAACAGGGAUGCUCUUAGUUCAGAUCUCAUCACAUUGGUGGAAACAUCUACCAAUAAGCUCCUCAAACAGAUCUUCCACAGUGAUGCAAGUACUGUGAAAAGUAAUGCCAACACCAAUAUGAUGAUCACCUCCAAGAGCUCUUUGCAUCAUAUAACAGACACCAAGAAGCGAGUACCCACAUUAUGUGGACAGUUUCGUCAGUCUCUGGACUCCCUAAUGAAAAAUCUGACAGCAUGCCAGCCUUAUUUCAUUCGAUGCAUCAAACCGAAUAACUUUAAGAAACCCAUGCUGUUUGACAGAGAGCUGUGUCUGCGCCAGCUGCGUUAUUUGGGCAUGAUGGAAACCAUUCGCAUCAGGAAAGCUGGCUACCCGAUCCGUCACACCUAUCAGCAAUUUCUGGAUCGUUAUCGUGUCCUACUUAACUCUGUCAUCUGUGACCCAAAAACUGAAAGUGCCAAAGCGUGCAGCAAAAGUAUUUGUGAGAGUGUCCUUGGUGUUGGUGAUGACUGGAAGAUUGGCAAAACUAAGGUGUUUUUGAAGGAUUUCCAUGAUACCAUGUUGGAGCUGAAACGAGACAAGGCCUUAAACGAGAAAGCUCUCAUUAUACAGAAAGUCCUGAGAGGAUACAAGCACAGGCAACAGUUCCUUAAACAAAGGUCUGCAGCAGUGGUUGUGCAGAAGUAUUGGCGCAGACACAAAGACAGAAAACUCUAUAGGGUGGUACAGCUGGGAUAUACUCGUCUUCAGGUCGUUGUGCGCUCUCGUCAGUUAGCACACCAGUACCGACUGAAGCGUAAGGCCACCUUGGUGCUGCAGACGCAGAUCCGUACCUACUUCGCCAGGAAGGAGUUUAAGCGAAAGAGAGCUGCUGUCAUCCUCCUGCAGGCUCAUGUCAGAGGCAUGCAUGCCCGGAAAACUGUCCAGAAGAUGAAGAAUGAUGCAAUUUUAUGGCCAGAGCGCAGAGACAAAGAACAGGAUGUUCUGGAGGGACAGAAGAAGCCAGAGGAAAUUCUCUAUCAGAACAGAGAGAGAGAGGCUGCGCAACAGUCUGAGCCCAUCAAUGAUCAGAAAAAGAAGGGGGACCCAUUCUAUGGCUACCUGCCCAGUCUGGGUGGAUUUUUCUCCAAAAUGAGAACCGGACCUGAUGACCUUCACAGCAUCAACAGCGUCAUCCAGGAUAACAUGAGGCGCUAUCAGCAAGCAGUGGAUCAAGUGACGGAUGCAAUGGAUUCCAUGAUGAAAGUAAUGGACGACACCAUGAUGGAUCAUAAAGACAGAGUCAAAAGGUUAUUCAAGAAGAAUGGCACAGUCAAGAAGAACUUCAAGUUAAAGCGCAAUAAACAGACCUAGACAAGAGAGGAACAAUUUCUCUUUCACAUUUCUUGUACUUCUCCCUCUCUGUUUGUGUUCUGGUAAAUUUAAACAGAAAAAAUUUAGCUCACUGUCAUGUCUUGAAAUUAUGUUGUAGUGCACAAUCAAACGUGAUCUAAAGGUAUGUCACCUUAUUUAUGGUGUUAUUUAUAGUUAUACAAUCAGGUCCAUGAACUUUGGAAGAAAGGUCUUUUCUUUUUGGCAUUUGGUCUCUGUACACCACCACAUUGAAUCUGAAGCUGUGAGCGAAGUCAAGACUAUCUGAUUUAAUUUAAGUUAACUUUUGCGCAUAAAUAAUGAAACAAAUGGCAAAAAAGUGGUUGCAUGGCUUGGUGUGGCCCUGUUUCCUUGUUGCUCCUUGAUUAAUCAAGAAGAUAAAAGGCGGUUCUGAGUGUUACAUUUGCAUUUGGUAGCUAUCCGCUCAGUCAUUAAAAAGAAGGAAUUAAUUGGCAACUGCGCAUGCAGCAAUAGCAAAAUGCCUGGGAGACAAUGGAAGACAACCUAAGUGGAUGAUCGCAAUAUCCUGUCCAUGGUGAAGAAGAAUCCUUUUACAACAUCUAGCCUAGUCAAGAACACACAAAUUAUGGCUUUAUGAGUGUAAAUACAGAAGAUUCACAACAAGUGCAAUCCACUGGUAACACUCAAAAACAGAAAAAAACAGAAAAAACUUAAACACAUGAAAAGCCUGCCCAGUUCUGAAAUAAGAUUUCUUAGCCUGAUGAAACCAAGAUUUCAAGUUUCAUUGUCAUAUGCACAAUAAAGAAACAUGUUUCACACAUACAAUAAAAUUCUUUCUUUUGCUGUCCCCCAAUGAAUGCCACUAAAAAGUAAAAAAUAAGCAUAAAAUAGAAUAAAGUAAAAAUAAAUAUAUUUAUUUUUGUUUGUAUGUUUGUUUAAACAAGGAAGUUAAAAUCAUGAAUCAAAGUAUCCUUGAUUGCAUACCUUGCU